CGUCAAAUAUUAGGAAUUACCAGAGUUUAGCCAGAUUGGCAAGAUUUGUUUUACUGUAUUUUACAGCCAGGCAUUGCAUCAAUCAUUGAGGCCUUGCCCCAUCAAAAUAGAAAAAUAUGAGAUAAACCUGUGAGCUGUUCUGAUCUGACCAAUCUCAGUUUUAGAUCAUUUUCAUACUGUAUUUUAUCCUGUUUGAAUGCCUUUUAUUUUGUUUGAGCUUGUAUUUUACCCAGUUUUACCCUUUUAUAAUGCUUGGACGUGGUGCUUUGGUAGUGGAAGCCCUGAUGCUUUGCAUAAAAGGACUUGUAGCUUAUUUGGUGUGUAAAACAGUAUAGGUGAAAAAGCCUGCUAAGAUGGGAUUGUCUGGUGCCAUGAUCCCAUUGGGUUUUGCACUACUGUUAUUUGGGGGAGUGAGUGCAACUGCACAAUCAGCUGCUGAUCAGGCUUUUGACGACAAUUUUCAGAUAACAUAUGCAGCAGAUCACUUUAAGACAUCUGAUGAUGGGCAGAUCUGGCAGUUGAUGCUGGAGAAGAAAAUUGGCUCUGGUUUUCAUUCAAAACAAAGUUACAGAUUUGGAUGGUUCAGUAUGAAGCUGAAGCUGGCUGGAGGAGAUGCUGCAGGAGUUGUCACUACUUAUUAUAUGGCUUCCAAGAACUUUCUCACAAGAGAUGAGCUGGAUUUUGAGUUCUUAGGGAACACAAGUGGGCAGCCAUAUAUUCUGCAAACCAAUAUAUAUGUCAAUGGCAGUGGAAACAGAGAACAGAGACACAUGCUCUGGUUUGAUCCCACCAUGGAUUACCACACAUAUUCUGUACUCUGGAACAAUCAUCAGAUUGUAUUUUUUGCAGAUUUAGUUCCAGUGAGAGUAUACAGAAACACUGGUAGUAAUGGCUUCCCUAAUGAGCAGCCAAUGUCUAUAUGUUCAAGUAUUUGGAAUGCAGAUGAUUGGGCUACACAGGGGGGAUUGGUGAAGACUGACUGGAGAAAGGCUCCCUUCAUCUCCUACUACAGGAAAUUCAAAGCAGAUGGGUGCAUGUGGAAGGAUCCCUACCCAGCCUGUGUCUCCACAACAACACAGAAUUGGUGGGAUCAGGAAGAUGCCUGGACCUUAUCAGAUGCACAAAAUUUGGAUUAUACUUGGGCAAGAAGGAAUUUUCUUGUCUAUGACUAUUGUCUUGAUACUAAACGUUUUGCCCAGAUGCCUGUUGAAUGCAGUAUUUCAACAAUGCAGUCCUAGUUACCUCCAAUACAGAGUAGUAUAAAUAUUUAUUAUUUCAUAUUUCUUCAUUUAAAAAUAAAAUAAAAAUGUUAUUAGGCCCAUUGGCCAGUUAUGUAUUCAAUGCAGCUGCCCUUUUAUUUCUGGAA